AUGUCAGCUACGUUAAAGUCGUUAGAAACGCUUAAGUCUAAAAUGAAUAAUCAACAACAAGAGUUUCAAGAAAUAAUAAAAGAAUUCGAAUUACAAAAACAGAAAUUUGAAGAAGAAAAGCAACAAGUUGAUCAAUAUUUAGCUCAAAAUGACAUAUUAUAUUUAAAUGUUGGGGGUGUACACUUUUGUACAUUAAGAUCAACGCUAACUUUCAUUAAAAAUACUAUAUUUGAUAAUUUAUUCGAUACUGAUAAAAAAUUAUUAGUUGAUCGUGACAAUCGCAUUUUUCUUGAUUAUGAUCCUGAAUUAUUUAAACUUAUGUUGAAUCAAUUAAGACAAUGGAUUGAAGUUAAUGAUAGUGAUCAAUUAUUUGAACUACCAAAAACAUCAUUCAAUGAUCGUCAACGAUUUCGAAAUUUUUUACGUCACUUAAAAUUUGAUGAAAAACAUUUUGAUCUACAAUUCUAUGACAGUUCGAACGAACUUGUUGGUAGAAUAGUUCAAGCAUCUUCGAGAUCAGAUGACAACCAAAAUAAUUCCUAUACAUCUUUCUAUGGUUCGCAGAUGUAUUCUACUGGUUGUCAUCGGGUACAAAUAAAAUUUUUAAAUUCAUGUUACUAUAAUGUAUCACGGGCAAGUUAUUUUCAAGUUGGUAUUGCAAAUUUUGAAAAAAAUAAAAAAAACCCACAGUCAUCUGUUAUUACUUGGCCAUGUCACACAGUAUUACCGUCUCCCCAAGGUGUAUGUAAUGAAAUUGAAGACGGUGACAUUUUUGAAAUUGAAAUUGAUUGUAAUGAUAAACUCGUGACAGUUACCAAUCAACGAACGAUGAAGGGACGACAUCAAAUAGUUCAUGACAGCGUACCGUUGCCGUGGAGACUUUAUGUCCAAUUACCAAAUGAUCAAUCAACACCCAUUCGAAUAAUAUAA